AUGCGUGAGAUAGUAACACGCGCAAGUGGGGCAAAUGUUUGUUGCUUCUAGAGUAGAAAGAGUAGCUGGGUGCCUCCGUCGAAGCGGGAGCAUUGCUUUUGCUUGUUACUAUGUUUGUGUUAGUGGAGAUGACAGAUACUGUGCGGAUUCCUCCUUGGCAGUUUGAAAGGAAGCUUAAUGAUGCCAUCACUGAAGAGUUAAAUAAGAAGCUGGCCAACAAGGUUGUGUAUAAUGUUGGUCUCUGUAUCUGUCUCUACGACAUUACAAAGCUGGAGGAUUCCUACAUAUUCCCAGGAGAUGGUGCAUCACACACAAAAGUGCAUUUUCGGUAUGUUGUGUUUCAUCCCUUUCUUGAUGAGAUUAUAGUUGGAGAGAUAAAAGGCUGCAGUCUAGAAGGAGUUCAUGUUUCUCUUGGGUUCUUUGAUGAUAUCAUCAUUCCUCCAGAAUCCCUACAACAGCCUGCCAAAUUCGAUGAAGCAGAACAAGUAUGGGUUUGGGAAUAUGAAACUGAAGAAGGAGCCCAUGACUUAUAUAUGGAUACAGGAGAGGAAAUUCGUUUCCGUGUAGUGGAUGAAACCUUCAUUGACACAUCCCCAACAGGCCCCAGCUCUGCAGAACCCUCUACGUCAAGUGCCACAGAGGAGGGACAGAAGAAAGAGGCACCCUAUACACUUGUGGGAUCCAUCAGUGAGCCUGGUCUGGGCCUCCUGUCAUGGUGGACAAAUAGUUAACUAAAGAAAGAAAGACUCUUUGGCAAGAUGGACAUUUCAUUGAAAAAACUGAUCUUUGAACAGCAGUUGCAAAUCAAAAACAGUGUUUUCCUGUUUUCUGCUUUACACUGGAUCUACUUCAGUCUGGUCGAGGUCUAGAAAAUAAGUGGAAACAUUCAGUACAGUAUCACUGAUGCUGACUACAUCAACAUGGGAAUAUCUGAGCCCUCUUCCUGUUACAACUGGCUAGUAAAUAACUGACGUAAAAGCCAGUUCCUUUUUGAGUUUUCAGAGGGUGACCAUUCCUCAAGUGGCCCAUCUGCAGCAUAUGUUUAAUGGUCAGGUGGUAAUGUGUCGUCACAUGCCUCCCGUUACCACUAAGAUGUUAUAUGUGGAAACAGGGUGGUAAUCAUUACAAGAAUCCCACGUCCAAAGAUUUUACUGUCUUUGAGGUCAUUCCAGUAAUAAUUCGUCUUGUCCAUUCAUUUCAUGGUCUAACUGUACCUUGUCCACACAGUCAUAUCUGGUUAAAUAUCUGUACCUUGUCCACACAAUCUCUCUGUACCUUGUCUGUCUAUUUUUAGUGGGCAUGUGCAUGCUCUAGAAUCUAGGCAUCACGUUACACCACCUAAGUCAUAAUCAAUAAUUUGCCAAUUUUGGUGCUUUGUCCAAUUCGUGUCCAUAGGAACACUCCUGUAAAUACACUCCCAUUCAUCCUAAAGGGAUUUGGGGCAAGAACUAUGGGCAAUCAGUGCAUCUAGAAUAUCUAGUACAUUGUAUAGGUGGGUUGACACAAUUCUUCACUUGGCCAAGUAAUAUACUCGUUUUCUGGCGGGGCCAUGAGGAGGCAGAAAAAUCAUUAACUGCGUCAACCCAUAACUAAGAGAGUCAUAGUUACUCCCGUCUGAUUUACUGACCUUGCAUUUUAGAAUGGAUGCAAGAAAAAAUUUGAAGAACACUUAUCUACAUUAAGAAGUGGGGAGGAAUAAUGUUGUAAAAGCAAGCACCCAUGUUACUGAAUUCAGUUACGGUGAAUUCUUUCUCCCCAUUGAGAUAGGAUUGCUUUCAAGAGUAGUGGAGAAAUGAAUGAGCUUGAGUGUUCAAGACUAGCAAAUUGUGGGGAGGAAGACUGGCCAGGCCCGAGAAGGGUAAGGAUUCCCAUUAUAUAGAUUGUCUUUCAGUUCCUAAAUGAAUUAGAAACUCUUGCUGGUACUGAUAAAAUGAGCAGGCUGCUCUGAAAGAAUGGUCUUAAGAACUGUGGUUAAUAAGUCUGAACAAGAGCGUAAAUAAACCUUAUCAGUUACUCUUCCUAA